AUGUCCAAAAACUUCCCCGAGGUGCAGCCUGGUGGCAGCCUGAUCAUCGCGUGGCAAAUCAAGGGCAAAAGAGUCCUGGUUGUUGGCGGCGGUGAGGUCGCUGCAGGCCGUAUUGUUCACUGCCUCAACGCCGAUGCUGACGUUCACGUUGUGUGCCCUGCCUCUGGAUUGAACGACGAGGUAGCAUACCGCGUAGCUGAGGGGCAGGUAACGCACAUAGACCGGGUGUUUGAGCCGGAAGAUCUCAACGGCGCCGCCAUGGUUCUCGUCGCCAUUGACGACCCGGCUGCGUCGACGGUCAUCUGGAAGCUGUGCAAGGAGAAGAGGAUACCGGCCAACAUCGCCGACGUCCCUCCGGAGUGUGAUUUUUACUUUGGCAGCAUACACCGCGACGGGCCCCUCCAGAUCAUGGUCAGCACCAACGGUCGGGGACCGAGGAUGGCCGCCCUCAUCCGCCGCCUGAUUUCUCGCCAGCUGCCCAAGAACACGGGCAAUGCCAUCCACGCUAUCGGCGAGUUACGUGCCAAACUGCGCAGCACGGCGCCCAACCAGGAGGAUAGCGCCAAGCGCAUGAAGUGGAUCUCUAGUGUCAGCGACACCUACAAGUGGGAGGAGAUGUGCGAGCUCACACCAGAGGACAUGGACAACCUGCUCCUCUUCUACCCAGCGAACAAGGUGCCGCCUAUGGACGCUCUCAAGGCUCUACGCGGUACGAGCGGGAACGACAUAAAG